UUUCCAGUUCUGCAGGAUAACUUGGAGGUGUAUCUGGGACUCCAGCAGUUUGUGGUCACUUCGGGGACAGGUCACAGGCUGAACAUCACUGCGGAGAACGAUUGCCGCCGGUUGCACUGCUCCUUGAGGGACCUGAGCUCCUUGCUGCAGGCCGUCGGGCGGUUAGCAGAAUACUUCAUCGGGGACGUGUUUGCUGCCCGCUUCAACGAUGCUCUGACGGUGGUGGAGAGGCUGGUAAAAGUGACGCUGUAUGGAUCCCAGAUUAAACUGUACAACAUUGAAACUGCAGUGCCAUCCGUACUGAAACCUGACCUGAUCGAUGUCCACGCUCAGUCCCUGGCAGCGCUGCAAGCCUACGCACACUGGCUCGCACAGUUCUACAGCGAAGUUCACCGGCAGAACCCGGAGCAGUUCAUCUCUCUCGUCUCCACGGCUCUGGAGGCAAUCACUCCCCUCAUCAGCUCCAAGGUGCAGGAGAAGCUGCUGCUGUCUGCGUGCCACCUCCUCGUCUCCUUAGCGACCACGGUGCGACCGGUGUUCCUGAUCAGCAUCCCAGCAGUGCAGAAGGUGUUCAACAGGAUCACGGACACUUCUGCUCAGCGCCUUCCUGAUAAGGCCCAGGUUUUGGUGUGCAGAGCGCUGUCAAAUGUUUUGUUGCUGCCCUGGCCAAACCUUCCAGAGGGCGAGCAGCAGUGGGCCGUUCGCUCCACCAACCACGCCAGCCUCAUCUCUGCCCUCACGAGGGAGUACCGCCAACUAAAAUCCAGUGCCAUCUUGCCACAGAGGAAAGUGCAGCUGGAGGACACCAAAGUGAUCAUCCAUCAGACACUCAGCGUUUUAGAAGAUAUUGUAGAAAGUAUCUCUGGAGAAUCCACCAAGUCUCGACAGAUCUGUUAUCAGUCGCUGCAAGAAUCCGUGCAGGUCUCACUAGCCCUCUUCCCAGCUUUCAUUCAUCAGUCAGAUGUGACAGAUGAGAUGCUGAGCUUCUUCCUCACCCUGUUUCAAGGGCUGCGGGUGCAGAUGGGCGUGCCUUUCACUGAGCAGAUCAUACAGACCUUCCUCAACAUGUUCACCAGGGAGCAGUUGGCAGAGAGCAUCCUCCACGAGGGCAGCACCGGCUGUCGGGUGGUGGAGAAGUUCCUGAAAAUCCUGCAAGUGGUGGUACAAGAGCCAGGCCAAGUGUUCAAGCCUUUCCUACCCAGCGUCAUCUCACUGUGCAUGGAGCAGGUCUACCCCAUCAUUGCAGAGCGCUCAUCUCCUGACGUGAAAGCAGAGUUGUUCGAGCUGCUUUUCCGGAUCCUCCACCAUAAUUGGCGGUACUUCUUCAAAUCUAGUGUGUUGGCUAGUGUCCAAAGAGGAGUGGCAGAAGAGCAGAUGGAGAACGAAGCCCAGUUCAGCGCCAUUAUGCAGGCAUUUGGCCAGUCCUUCCUGCAGCCCGACAUUCACCUGUUCAAGCAGAAUCUCUUCUACUUGGAGACGCUGAACACCAAGCAGAAGCUGUACCACAAGAAGAUCUUCCGGACAACCAUGCUGUUCCAGUUUGUGAACGUGCUGCUCCAGGUGCUUGUCCACAAGUCGCACGACCUGUUGCAGGAGGAGAUCGGCAUUGCCACCUACAACAUGGCCUCUGUGGACUUUGACGGCUUCUACUCAGCCUUUCUCCCCGAGUUCCUGGCCAGUUGCGAUGGUGUGGACUCCAACCAGAAAAACGUGCUGGCCAGGAAUUUCAAAAUGGACAGGGAUCUGCCGUCGUUUACCCAGAAUGUGCACAGGCUGGUGAAUGACCUGCGUUACUACAGACUCUGCAAUGACAGUUUGCCCCCUGGAACUGUGAAACUAUAGUUACUGCACUGGACUCGUCUUCUGAUCACUGUAGGGAACGGAUCCAUGUUUCGUUUGGCCACCACCUUCUCUCCUCCCUGGUUUUGUCAGUACUGCAGGGCGCAGCGUCUUGCACAUGGGCACAUUUUCUUGGAUUCACGCAACACGCUUCCUUUUUUUUUUUUUUCCUCUCCCAACCCAAAGUCCCCCAGCUGGAGUCAGCACUGUCUGCAGGAUGUGUCUUAAUGCCCACCCGCGGGGC